AUGAAGGACCGGCUGUUGGACCUGCAGACCAUUGUCUGUGCGCCUGCAGAGGACGGGGAGCAGCACGGGCCUCAUGAGGCCCAGAACCUCAGCUCUGAGGAUGAGGAGCACCUGGAGCAACAGGCCGUCGUGUUUCACGGUGAAGAUGUGAUGGACAGCAUCUACAAGGAGGCCCAAGCCAUGAGGAAGGAGAUGCAGCUGCUCAAGUUAGACGUGAAACGUCUCGGGAAGCAGAACACCCGCUUCCUCACGUCCAUCAGGAGAAUCAGCAGCAUCAAGCGGGACUCCAACGUACUCGGGAGGGACAUCAAAGCAAGAGGGGAGGCCAUUUACGCUCGUCUGGAGAAGCUGGGGAGGCUGAGCAAGGUGAUCGAGGAGAAGCAUGGCUCCAUGUCGGCGCUGGCUCGCAUGGUGCGCUCACAGUACGUGUCUCUGACCGGGGCCUUCCACCAGGCCAUGUCCGAGUACAACGAGGUGGAAAUGAUCCAAAGGGAGAACUGUAAGACUCGCAUCCAGAGGCAGGCGGAGAUCAUGGGCAAGGAGGUGAGCAGGGAGCAGAUAGACGAGAUGAUCGAGACUGGGAAGUGGAACGUGUUCUCAGAUAACCUCCUGCUGGAGGGGAGGACGGCCCGCUCCGCUCUGAAUGAGAUUGAGAACCGGCACAAGGAGCUGCUGGAGCUGGAGGGUCGCAUCAGAGACAUCCGGGACCUCUUCCUGCAGAUGGCUCUGCUGGUGGAGGAGCAGGGCAGCAUGCUGAACAGCAUCGAGGCGAACGUUGCCGCCACGCAGGACUACGUUGAAAAAGCAACAGUUCAGAUGAAGCAGGCCGUGAAAUACAAGAAGAGCAACCCGUGCAAGAAGCUGUUCUGCUGCUGCUUCCCCUGCUGCAGAUGA